GAAGCUUUGGUGCGCUCCGUAUUUGGACGCGUAAUGCGCGAUUCCCAUGAAUGAGCCAGAUCAAAAACAAGCGACGGCCAGUCGGUGUCUUCGAUUCGCAAAGGCGACACCAACAUGGUCCAAAAAAUACAAUUUCGAGCGCCGCCAAAUCAUAGCAUUAGUCGCAAGAGUCAUGCAGCUCUUCCAGGAAUUAUGACGAGCCGAAGUGAGAGCAGCGAGCGAAUGAAUGAAUGAAUUUAUUUAACAGACAACCAAACGACCUUACCUACUCCCCCUUGCCCUCUCGCCCGGCCGCAGCUUUGCUCAAGCUGUAGUUGAGAAACCUGUGCCUGGGGAACUCCAUGACACGUUCUCCAAAUUUGUUUGUUUGUCUCCGCGUUGCUUGCGCUGCGAGUGACUCAUCCAGCCGACGUCCACAACUAACGACGUCAUAUGCCGCCGCUGAGCGAGAUAACGGAGUGCGACAGCAGAGAGCUUUUGUAUAUAUUUUUUUUCAUUUUCGCGAUCCCCCUAGCGAAUCGCAUGCAAAAACCGGUUGGCCAUGCGCGGCAGCCAGCUAAUUGAGCAGCGGGCAGGCGCUUGUUUUUCUUUUCUUUUCUGUUUCUUUGAGAGAGCAGCAGCUGAGAGCGGCGAUCUGCGAGCGAGAGCGUUAGCUCGAGCUUUUUUGACGCGUUGAUUUCGUCACGACUUUAUCGUGGUUCAAUUUUGCCGAUCAUUAACUUGUCAUACGCGAACCUGUGCGGAUGCUUGUUCCGUUCAGCGAUUAAAGUUCGCUACGUAACGGUUAUUGCGAUAGAAUUUUCCACAGCGUUUUUCACUGUGCGAACUGGACUUUUAUUUUAAUUAAAAAAUUUCCUAAGCACCUCGACUUAGGCGCGCGUGUUUGAAAAAAAAAAAUAAAAUAAAAAUAUAAUAUCGUGUGAUUCACCGCGUUGCUGGUUUUUUGAAUCCUAAAUCCGUUUGCAUGCGGACAUUGGCGCGUGUGUUUUUCCAGCAUCAUGAUCAGCUCAAAGAAAAUUGUGAUAUAUACUGAAAACUGCAGCUGAGUUCGUGGCAGUGUUCAAGUGCCUCAGUGUGUCGUCAGUGUCCUCCUAUGGCCAUUUUGAGCAGUUGUUACCAAAGUGUUAAGCCCAGCCUAGCCAUAGAUAGGUGGCCAGUGCAGGUGUCGAGCUUUAAUGCCAUGCACCAAGAUGCCCGACCCAAAGGUGUCGGUGCAUCCCCCAAAGCGACAUCAACUGCAGCAGCGACAGCGCUGGAUGCUUCGCCGGCGGCGGAAGAGGCAGCUGCUCGUCCGCGACGACGUCGACGUCGCUGCAGCAGCAGCACAAGCACAAGCACAUCCUCCGAUUCGGACUCGGAUACCAGCAGCUGCUCCAGCAGUGACAGCAGCAGCUCCAGUGGCCGCAGCUCCCGCCUGCCCGCGCCGCUGCAAUUACCCCUGCCGCUGGCCGCCAGCAACUCCCCGCCGUCACCUAUUCCAGACCGGGACUCGGACACGGACAGCGAGCCAGGCACGCCGGUGGUGGUGCCGGUGGAUCCGCAUGCCUGGACCACAGAGGACAUUGCCAGCUGGGUGAAGUGGCUGACGCGCAAAUUCAAAAUCGAACCGGAGCCGGACAUCACCCGCUUUCCCAAAGAUGGCAACGAGCUCUGCCAGCUGAGUCGCGCCGAUUUCUGGGUCUGUGCCGGCUCCCGGCGCGGCGGCAUACUCCUGGCCAAGCACUUCGCCUUCAGCCUGUACCAUGCCACCGGCAGAGAGACGAGUCCCAUGCUCAACGAGAACGAGCCAAAUCCGUAUCAGCUGCUGAACGCUGCCUCGCACCGAUUGGUCGCCCAGGGCUCGGGCGGCCAGAUACAGCUGUGGCAAUUUCUGUUGGAGCUGCUCGCUGAUUCGUCGAACGCCAACUGCAUCAGCUGGGAGGGCCAAUCGGGCGAAUUCCGGCUUAUCGAUCCGGACGAGGUUGCCAAGCGCUGGGGCGAACGCAAGGCCAAGCCAAACAUGAACUACGACAAGCUGAGCAGAGCUCUACGCUACUAUUACGACAAGAAUAUCAUGACCAAGGUGCAUGGCAAGCGUUAUGCGUACAAAUUUGAUUUUCACGGCCUGAUGGCCGCUUGCCAGGCACAGGCGCAGGGCUGUGAUCCGGCCAGCAGCAUGAUUAGUUCCUACAAGCAUCAUCAUCAUCAUCAUCAUCAUCAUGCCGCCGCUGGCGGUGGCCCACAUGCGCUGUCCACACAGCAUUUGCCGCAUCAUUUGGCGCAUCAUUCCCAUCAUGGCCAUCAUUCGCAUGUGCAUCCGCAUCAGCUGUUGCAUCCACAUGCCGCCGCCGCCGCCGCCGCCACAGCAGCGGCAGGAGCCGCAUCAGAGCUCACAUCGCCGGCAUCGACCUGCUCCAGUCUGGGCUUUCCCUCGCCCUCGACAGCCUCCUCGUUGCCCUCGCCUGGUCAAGUGUCGUCGGCGUUUGCCGGGCCCGGCGCCUAUGCAAACGCCCCAGCCGCCGCCGGCGCGAUCUCCAGCCAGUCGUCAGAUCCAAGGACCUCCAGCACGACCGGCACAGCCGCCACGGUGACCUAUGAGCAGCGCACUCCGCCCAGCAGUGCAUUUAAUUGAAAUGGCAACCCCAAUUUGUCCCGGAGGGUUGCUUAUGAGGAGGCGGGGGGCUGGGCUUGCGCAAGGGCCGCCCGCUGCGCACACUCGCCGUGUCUCCGUCUCGCUCUCCGGCCGCGACCAACCCGGUCCGGGCACUUGGGUCAAACUGUAAAAAGGUCAUUUCGCCUAAUGCCAGCUACUUUUGGUUUAAUUGCGUAAUUUCUCGUAUGUGAUAAACACGGAGCAAUGCCACGGGCAGCAUUGCCAAUAAACAAAAACAGGCACAAAAACAAGAAGAAGCAAUACAAGUGAAAGGUAUCCGGGAACUAACCCGAGGGGGGUCUAAUUUGUUACAACGUCUGUUAAAUUUUGCUUAUAAGCCUACAUAAUUUACUUUUAAUGCGUGCGUCUAUUUAAAUAGAGCUCGCCACAAAAUAUUAAAACGUACUUAAUUCUAAGUUCACAUUCAAAUUGGACAUGAACAAAACAAACACACAAAAAAUACACAUAUAGAAAUUAACAUACACUCCGAGAAAAAGAACAACAGUUAUUUCUCAAAUUUACUUAACGGCGAACCAGGGCUGCAAGCGUAAGCAAAACAUUUUGCUAGUUCGGUUAACAGUUCGUGGCAAUGCCUUGCACAAGAGUUUGGUUCGUGAACCUGGCUUACCGUGAACUGAAACCAGUUUUAGAUUCAAGAGAACAUAAUGUACAAAACCUUGCAACCUUCAUAUAUAAUUUUGACUUUGAUUCGUUUACCGAUUCUGAUUUGAGUUCGGUUCACUGACUAAAAUUCCAUUUUGCUUUUGACUGUGUGAUGUGCAGCCCUGAAAAAAAGGGUUUUAAAGAGCGGCUUCUUGUUUUAUACAUAAAGUCUUUAUCAAGCAGACGCUACGCAUAUUUUAGUUUCUUCUUUUAUAUAUUUACGUUUUAUGGCACGUUCUGAUUUGGCAUUAAUUUUGACGCAAUUAAGCUUGAUUCGAGAAGGUGCUUGCAAAUGUUAAAAACAAAACGGUAUGCGUUUAAUAAAAUUCUAUGGAAUACA